AUGGUCAGUGACGAGAAUGGCCAUUUCGACCUACUCGUGUACCAAGCUCAUUGGCUGUCAGGCGCCCUGAUUGCGAGCAUCGUAUAUUACAUCCAACGACCACAUGUUCGCGUUGGCUUCACUUCAAAUUCAUACCAGGCUUUCCAAAUUCGCACCUCGGGCAGUCUACCCACUGCCCCUAUGUCUCCCGCUCUCGAUCGUCCAUUGGGAAAGCCACUCGUCGUCAACCUGAUCACCCCCUCAGAGUCACAGCCCGAGCCCAACGAAGCAGCAGUUCCGCUCAAGCCGGAGACACCGCCAGCAACCGAGGACCGAGAACCAAGACUCAGCCCUCAGAUUCAGCAGGUGCCCACAAUCUCUCGAGACAUCACACCGGCCAAGGACGUCAAAAGCGAGAACUGCAUCGGCUUCGCCUCCAUUCCCGUCCGCCUCGCAGGUCCCUUGGAAUUUCAUGGGACCUACCAGAAACGGAACAGCAUCAACGCGCCUCUCGCAACAACCGAGCCCAUACUCGUCGCAUCAUGCACACGCGGCUGCGAGGCCUUUUCUGCCUGCGGCGGUGUUUCGGCAUCGGGGCUCAAAGAGGGUCUAGCUCGCAGCCCGGCGUUCACCUUCUCGAGCGUUUCCCAAGCACUCGGAUUCUACACCGCCGUCCCGUCGCUGUUCCGCUACCUAAAGAAGGCAGCUGAGCGGACGACGAGACAUGGGAUCUUGACGUCCGUCACCCCCCACAUCGUCGGUACCUCAGUUCAUGUCCGGUUCGUGUACACGUGCGGAGAUGCGACGGCUGGGCAGGCCAUGACGACUUGGGCGACUGACGCCGCGUGCUCGGCGCUCAUGCUUGAGCGUCGUCCCCCGGGACUGAUCCACUUCAUGAGCGACGGGAACACGUCCGGGGACAAGGAGCUUGCCUGGGGAUCUCUGCCGGAGCCCAGCGGGGUGUCGGUCAUCGCAUGGGGGACGAUCACCCACGAUGCCAGUGAGACGAUGCUGGGAUGCUCCACCCAGGAGUUGAAGUCCGCGCUGUCGGUGCUCGAGGGGGGCGGCGCGAGACACGGUCAGAUCGGGCAGGGCGUCAAUAGUACCGCGAACAUCGUGGCCGCGAUGUUCAUCUCGUGUGGUCAGGACGUGGCAUCCGUACUCGAGUCCGGAGUCUCCCAUCUCACCGGCGAGUAUGACCCAACGACGAAAGACCUCACCUUGAGCCUGUCCUUCCCAUCCCUGCUGGUCCGUACCGUGGAGAGCUCAGCGAGUCACGCCACUCAGAGAGAAGCGCUGGAGCUCGUCGGUUGCGCGGGAGCGGGCAGGAGGUGGGCCUUCGCUGAGACGGUGGCGGGGUUUGCGCUGGCGCUGAACUUGAGUACGCUGGCUGCCUUCGCUAGCAACACGUUGGCGGCUGGUCACAAGAACAACAACUUGGCUCGGGGACCGAAGGCGAAGCUUUGA